AUGAAGCUUAGGUCCCGAAAAAUUGACAAUGAUGGAGCAUCGACAUCAGCGUCGAAGAUAGCGAAAAGAGAGUCGUUCGAGAGUCUUUUCCCUGGAAUGCUGGUUUCCUUCGGAAAAUAUGGCGAGUGCGUUGGAUCUGAGUGCGAUGGAGUUCCAACAAAAAUAUGGCCCAUCCGAGGCAGAAACUUAUGCGAAAUUUGUGCAACGAAGGAGUAUGGCAGCAACUUCUUCCGCACCGAGCGCACCCAUGUUGUGCUUUCAGACGCAAAAUUCAAAUGCCCAGCUUACGACAAAGAAGGAAGCUGCAAAUCAAAAGACGUUUGUUUCAAGGGAUUUUUCAUGGGAUCAUGUUGCGAGCCAGCCUCGAAAGUUCUAUUCGAGAACGAAAAAGCCCAAGAAAAGCAACUUAAAGUUGUUCAUUACUAUUACAAUGAGGAAUACAAGUACUUGAAUGACUAUAAGAAUGAAUGCGAAAAAGCUAAAUCCACGGUUACAACGACAGAACAAACCAUAAAACGAGACGAAGAAGCCUUGAAAAAAUUGAAGAAGAAAGUAGAGGAAGCAGAAAAAUCCCUUGAGGAGAAGAAGAAAGAUCUCAAAGACGAGCAGGAGGAUUAUGAAGCUGAGAAGAAACUUUUAAUCGAUCAAGAAAAGGAGAAGAAGGAUGCUCUCAAACGAUUCAGACAGAUUUCGUACGAAUAUCAUUCGGUCGCUGCAAAAUUCUCUUUCGACGACGAAGUUGAAGCAAAAGAAAAUAGAAAAGACAACCAGUAUUGCAAAUUUUGCAACGAGGAUUACAACGACACACAUCGACGAAAAUCAUUCUUGCCAAGCUGUGGACAUGUUGCUUGUCGAGACUGCUUUCGAAAUGCUGACGAGGAAGAUGGUGUUAAAAUUUGCCCAGUGCAUUGGACCACGGGUUGUUUUAACAGAUACUUCGAUUAUAACGUCUGCACCUUAUACGAGUAG